AUGCCCCCGCGACGCGACACUACGACUAGAACCAGCAGCAGAAACACCAGCAGUCUUACAGUCGUCCUUGACCAACUCAGGAGCGAUAAAAUCAAAGAACGCCAAGAAGGUCUAUCCUCGCUGCGUACUAUCUUCGCUCUCGAUGGAACAGUCCUCAAUCUCGACGAAGCUGGAGACGGGCGUGCCUGGCUCGUUGUAUUUCAGGCUCUCUUUACUGCUGUGUUGAAUGAGAAGUCCGCUUUUUCUAAGAAGAGCUCCUCUGUCGCGGCAGCUACCCGCAGGCUGGCCGACGCCGCCGCCGGUGUUCGCUGGUUGAUCGAACGUAGUGUGGGGCGAAUCAACACCAAGGUGGUUAAGACAGUCCUCGUUCAUUUACUCCAGACAAUGAUUCACAAGGGUGAGCUCUUUGCUCCCGUGGCCUUGGACUACGCGAAGGCUGUCCGCUGCAUUUUGGCUUGGAGGCCGCACCUAGAGCACUUGCAAGAGGAGACGUGGGUCAGGCUUUUAGAGCUUGGCUUGAACGUUGUUCUCAAAGACUCUGUGCGGAGGCAAUUAGAGGAAGUCGAAGAGGUCCAAGAUAAUGACACAGACGAGGAUGAGAGCAUGGAGAUAGAUGCAGACGGCACCUCUCGAUUUGGCGAGGAUGAGGACUUCCAUACGUCGGUCUCCGCGACACCGGUAUCGCAGCGAAAACGCAAGCAUCGUAGUCCAAGUCAGAAACCUGGACGGGCAACUGCUAGCCCGGCCCCACGAUUUCGCCCUGUCUCAGCCGAGCAGGUAGAGUUCAUGUCGAUACUCUCGUUGCUGCUACGUUCAUCUUCCAUUCCCCUCCUUUCCCCCAAAUAUGAAAAAGUGCUUCCCGCUCUCUUUCACCGUCUAGCGCGUUUCAUCCGCACAAACCCGGGCGAUUCAUCUUUACACCAUGAUUAUUUAGUAGCGGUUUCCGCUGCACUCUCUCACGUUUCCUUGAACGCACGCAAGGUGGUUAGCAAAUUCGCACACGAAGCAUGGGAUGGGUUAAUCGGUAUGUGGGGAACGAAGAAUCAGAAGAUGAAGCAGGACCUUGUCGUCGUUAUAAGGUCACUUCUUCCUUUUCUGACCGCUCAGCCGACUACGGAAGGUGAGAUGCCCGAGUUCGCCUACGGCGAUGGCGUGGCGAAAUUGUGGCAUCUACUUAACGCCGAGGUGGAGAACCGGUGGGGUGUCCACGGCUUGUCCCUGGAUUGCCUCCGUCUGCAGGUUGUUGAACCUAAUGGAGAGGCCGGGACGUGUGGAGCCUUCAUCGCGGAUACAUUCCGGUAUGGUUGGCACUUCGACUCGAACCAGGCGCUCGCUUGGGCAGUAUUGGAGCUGCAAGCUGAUUGCACAGAGAAGCUCUACCAUCUCGCUGAGUCCAGCCACUUAGCUGGAAUCAGUAGUAGUAGAAGUGCUACCAAGCGUGCUCGGCUGGAAAAUCCUGUCGCGAUGCUUUUAGACCAUAUCAAGGUGCAAACCUCGUCCAAUAGCCGGGCAUACUACUUGCAAAUCCUCUUGUUCUUCAUUGAUCAAUACUGGCCCAUACUGCACAAUGGUCUUCAGCAAGACGCACAAGCCGUUCUUCUCCAAUUCAUCUCAUUCGAGGAUAGCGCAGUUCAAUCGUGGACAUUUUUGUGUCUGGCGGCGAUCGCUCAUGCGGUUAAUACCUCACAUUCCCGAAUGCCGCAGCAUGAUACCGGCCUAUGGGAUACAGUUUGGACGCACGCAAUGCGGCGAAUCAACAACUCGGGCGUAUCUCGGGCGGCCUGUCAUACAGCGUUCAUCUUGUUGUCGCAUGCUCGAGUGCUCCUCACCUCGCAGCGCGUUCUGUCCGAGAUUGAGUCGCUGGCAAAGGAUAUCGACGUCCAGGGGCCCCCAUUUCCAUACGACUCCGUCUGUUCCUUCCUGGUUCUUGCAUUGCAGGUGGCCAGCCAGGAUGUCCGCCUGUACAGGAUGCAACUCGAGGAAAAAACGCUCACUUGGCUCACCGACGCUUGGAGGGUGGAACCUGGGAAGAAACUGCGGAUGCCCCUGAAUUCCUCUGGGGAUAUUAUGAUGCUUUUAGAAAGUGUCUGCGCUUUAUCGACGAGAAGUAGCCUCGUGCAUAGUAUGCUACUUCCCGACUGUGCAAUCGUAGAGACUUUGGUUAAUUAUCACCGCACCGCCGUCAUCCGCGAAUUCUUGUUGUCCGCUCGUCUCUCGAUGUCUCAAGAUAUCGGUCACAAGCCAGACAAUCUAUCGGCAAGCCCUAAUACCCCCGCUGACAACACAAGUUCUGGAAGGCACGCUACGCUUACCGAGGUCCACGAUCUCAGUCAGCCUGGACCUCGAGAGCGCAGAGUGUCCACUUUCUUCUUGAAGGCCCUCGAGGAAUCCCAAACUGCGUGGGAGAACAGGGAAGCGGCAGGACAUCUGACGGCAGAAGGAAUCCGAUGUUCGCUUGAUCUAUCUGUAGCCGCUCUGUGUUUCGAAGCAGGCCUGGUCAUGAACGGCACACGGUCUACGAGGCGGGUCAUCCAGGCGGCGUGUAGACACCUUGGCUCAAUGGUCCCUUGCCUGAAAGACUCGCGAUGGACGGUGGAGGAACGUGCACUGCUUAUGGCAGGACUGCAGCCCUUGGUGCUUGUCACAACCAAGCAGGACAACUUUGUUGAUUGGGAGACCCUGGUCCUGCCUGACGAAGGCACCGGUACUAAGCGACAGGUCUUGAAGACACUUCGACCAGAAGCGGAUCAGCGGAUCGAGCAGAUCAUGGCAGCGCGCCGUGAAAUUCAACGUCUGGUCUUCCAAAAUGCUGAUGUCCAGGACGUUUUCGGUCUUUUGAUGGCGACUUCACGAGACAUCCUCCGCCUUCUUGUCGGAGCAUCUGGUGACAAGACAACGCUGUCCGGUGUGGGCAGUGUCGAUGAAACCGAUGGCUUCGGUCCAGUCCGGACUCAUGCAACUGUCGAAAUCCCAGUUGCGUCUCAGCAGGGUUCUAUAUAUGCGGCCCUGAACAGCUAUGUUGUCGCAAUGUGCAUGUCGCUGCUCUCGAUAAUUCCAAUCCUCGAAUCAACUUCAGGGGAACCAACCCGUGACAAAGAUCUAACGACUCUUGUCUUGAACUGCCACGAUGAUCAGUUUCUUGCGAUUGCUCAAGCUUUCUUCAGUAACAUCCGUUCAGGAAAACUGACCCUGAGCGCCACCAGUCUCAACAUGUUCCUCGACAAGUUCGGCGAGCUGCUGACGCGCUACGACUACUCCAAGAGCGAGCGUUUGCAGUUGUUGACGAUCCACUUUCUCGAUUCCACUAUCUCUGUCUGGUCAGAGACCAACGUAGCAUCAGGCCCCGUUGGCAGGCGAGUUCGCGAGUUAUGGGGAUUCUUCUGCAAAAUGUUAAAAAGUGGCAAAGUACGAUCAUGGAAAAUCCGGGAUCAACUUAUCCGCUUCCUCGAUACCUAUCUCACACAGGACCCGAAGCAGGAGAUGUGGACUGUGUACGGCAACGGCGACGACGACGACGACGACACAUCACCGACUGCUAUACUCCCAAGUAUGGGCAUGGAUGAGGACAUCCGCGUCCGAUGGCGAGCCGCUGUUGUAAACGCGCGCUUGUUUACUAUCUCUCGCAAUACCAACGGUAAUCAACUCGAGCUAUAUACAAAUGUGCACGAUCACCUAGGCAAAACCGUUGAGAAGUAUGAGCACAUGCUCACUCGACUGCUUUGCCUGGGCAACAUCAUGAUACUGAGUUCUCUCGUGAGACGUGGUCCUUAUUGGCAUCUCUUGGAAACAGCUCUUUGGAGGUCAGAGUAUUCACGUCACAUGGAAGCCGUCUUGGCUGGUGUCGCAGCACGAAUGGGGCUCACCCAACUAUCCGAACUGUUCGCAUGUUAUGCAUCCCAGAUCGCUUUCUCCAUACGUCAAGCCGGGAAGGAUUUCCUGGAUUUUCCUCCACGCCUCUUAGGGUUUAAGGACAAGCGAGAGCUCGCCAUUGCAGCGUUCCAUGCAUUUACCCCUACGAAUCUCAUUGCUGGUGGCGAAUGGAAAGACGUACAACACGGUCAUCAACUUUUCGCUGCUCACUGCAAAGUGGUACAAAAAACAGACGCUGAGGGUGUUCGUGAAUGCUUCCCGGAGAUUAUCGGCUACCAGGUCGUCAUCGGGAUGGCUACACAACCAGACAACGCCGAGUUGACCGAGGCCUACUUGGAGACGAUCCUCAAACGUAGAAUGGAACGCAUGGACGGGCCCGAACGGCUCCAAUUCCAUAUGGCGCAGAGCGCAGAUGCCAUUGUCGUUGCUAUCUUGCGCACAUUGGGAGAUCAAGAUUACAGUGAACACGGCCCAAUUGCAGUUGCUCUACUUGACGCUUGUCCUGGAGAAGCCACCGUUGCGACGUUCCGCCAGCUGUCUCGUUACAGAAGCAUUGACGACUUCAUCCCUCACGAACCAAACCUACCCUCCUUUGACACCAAGACUAUCCUACGAUCGCUGAUCUGGCUAGCUUCAUACAUACCGGAGACACAGAGUAUGGCGACCAGUUACCAUGUUCUGCAUCGCCUGUUCUCCGACAUUCAAUCAACGCCAAUAGUCAACGAGCAAUUGAGGCUUUUGAAUGGAUUGUGCGUCUGGGUUGCGCUACGCCACGACCAAUUUCAAGAUCGUACCCUUCUCUACACCCUCGUCAAUAUAGCGGCGAUCAUGAUGACACAGUCGGACCUCGCUCGUGCGGCAGAGUCUAUCUUGGAGUGGAGUUUCGAUCUCUAUCAUAUAGCGCCUGAAAGGGAUACCAACCUCUCGGACAUAUUGAUUCGGAUCAGCUGCGUCUCUUAUGGAUACACAAUGGACCUCCAGGACCCUUACCUCACGGGACUUGGAAGAGAAAUUCUGGAGUGGGUUGAAGAUCAAGCUCUUCGUCUGUGCAGUACUGACGUCCUGAAGAUGGAUGUUGUGAAGGCCUUUGUUGCUUGGCCCCGCACAUUGCCUCAUGAUCUGCAACGCCUCCGUGACGAUCUGAAAGGCGACGAAUUGUCUGCUAUCCUCAGAGACCAUCGUCUUUCGUCGAACAGAUUCCGCCUUGUGCGAAGGCUAAGAGAGCUGGCUUGUGCGCCUACUGACAAAGGCGAACAAGCGAACCCAUCCGACUUCUGGUAUCUCAAGGGCUGCAUACUACCGGCAUCACAGCUUGUAGAUGAAGAUGUGGACGCAUUCACCUCCAUUUUAUCGUUAACGCAUGGUCGUCUCAACACUUUCGGAUAUAUCCAUGAAGGGCGUGACGCUUUGCGCGAUUAUCACCGCGCCUAUGCUAAUAGGAAAGACUUGGCCGACACUCAGGAUGCUGCUCGUCGCGCUAUCAUAUAUUCCCUUCUCACCAUGCUUGACUCCGCGAUCGCCACCCAAGUACACGCUGCGUACCUGACUUUACGUUGUCUCCUGUCUACGUACACUCCCGAUGCAGAAACCCAACAGGCAUGGUCUCGCAACCAACACAAGGUCCUUCAGUACUUUCAGGAGCGACCAGUUCCAUUCGAGCAGAAAGCCACACGAGAUCUGGCGCAGAGCUUGAAUUCACAGCAUGCAAUCGAUACUUCCGCAAAUCUUGACACCUGGGUGCCGUUUUUCACUGUCCUUCUUUGCGAUACACUCGGCGCAUACGAUCCGUUUUUCGGCUCGUUGAUGACUAUUCUGCAUUCGCAUCUCAGCUUUGCGGAAGAGACACUUCCAGUCCUGGUUCACACGCUGCUCCAAAUCGAGCGCGCUAGUUCUUCCGGAGAACGACUCCCCAUGCGUGACGAAAUCUCGCGAUACCUUGCCUCUAUACUAGCUUAUGAGCAAGCAAGUGUCUCCUGUCUACAUGCUGUGGUGGACAUAGUCCUUCACCUCCGGUACUUCAGGCCUCCGAACACAUCAGAGCCUCUUGCCCACGAUCAAUGGCUGAAUCUUGACUACUCAUUGCUCAGUCAGAAGGCAAUCAAAUGUGGCGCUUAUACUACGGCGGUACUAUUCCUCGAAUUGGCAACCGAGUAUGGCGAGAAUGCACCGCUGGACACCACCAUCCUAGAGGAGACGCUCUUUGAUAUUUACAGUCACAUCGACGAGCCUGAUGGAUUCUAUGGUAUUAGCACCACCGACCUACGCCGUUUCCUCAUGUUGCGACUACAUCACGAGAAACAAUGGGACAAAGCCUUCCAGUUUCAUGGUGCUGCGUUUGAAGCUCGGAGGACGCUAGGGAAUGACGCACAAGGGCUCGUGAAGUCGUUGCACUCUUUCGGCUUCAAUCGACUCGCCGUGUCCGCGUUGAGUGCCAUUUCCAAUGACGCCGGACAAGGCGAUGAUGCCAAUUGUUUGACGUACCAGCUUGGUUGGCGCACUGAGACUUGGGACCUACCAGAGCAUACAGAGAGCCGCAAUGCAGGAGUUCCUCUGUACAAAGCCUUGCGAGCUGUAUAUCGAGAGCGCAGUCAGAGCACAGUCGAUCGUAUUGUCCGCCAGGAGUUAGUUGCUGAGAUGCAGUAUCUGCGGUGCCUCGGCGAUGAGAACUUAGCCGAGAUUCGUCAAGUCACCCAGAACAUCAUGUGCCUCAGCCAAGUGAGGCAUUGGAGGGCUCGGUCCACGCAGGUGAUGCUACAGAAUAAGUCCAUCAGCCUCGCUGACUGGAGCACAAUUGACCCAGACUUUGCCUUCGAUGACGCAGAACCAAUCAUGGCCACACGACUCGCGCUCAUACAGUCUGCACAGCAGAAAGAGCAGCGGGACCAGAUUGGAACCCUCAUGUCCCCGUUCACCCGAAGCCUCAUAGACCUCGAGGCUAAGUGCCUUGUAACCCUUUCUAGGGUUGCAAGGCGGGCCGAUCAAGCACAAAUCGCAUUGAAUUCUAUUACACGCGCUCAAGCAUUGUUAGAGCCAUCCCCUUGGGAAGUAUCGCAAGAGUUCGCCAACGUCUUGUGGCUUAUGAAGGAACCGAAGCUCGCAGUACAAUCUCUGCAAACUAGUUUGAGUAGUCUCCCACUGGACCUAUCUGCGGAAAGUGUACCCGGAAGAAUCAAGAGAGCUUCGUUGCUAGCUUGUCUGGGAGCUUGGUCUUCGGAAGCGUCGCUCGAGAAACCUAGCGACAUCGUCUCCCGUUACUUUGAUCCCGCGGUCAGCAUUCUCUGUCAAGUCGAGAAUCAAGAUGUCCGGUACGAACAGGCCAGUGUCUAUCAUCAGUACGCUAUAUUCGCGGAAGGACAGUAUCAUGCCAUCGUGAACUCUCCGGAUGCCUUGAGAUUUAGAGUUUAUGUGGAUCGCAAAAACGAAGAGAUCAAGGAGCGCCAGUGCCAAAUACAGAAGACCCAGGCUGGCACAAAAGAAUUCAUAGAUCUCCACAGGAAACUCAAGGCGGCGGAGCAAAUCUUAGGACAGGAUACGAUUAAAUUCAACGAUCAUAUCCGCGCUCGCCGCAACUUCCUCUCCCUAUCCGUCGACAUGUACGCGCGUGGUUUGGCCACCUCCGACGCUUUCGACAAUGAUUCUGUCAUCAGGCUGUGCUCUCUAUGGCUGGCAAACUUCGAGAAGGCAGACUGCAAGGUGGAGUUCGGGGCUUCUUUGAAUCGAGUGCCCUCUCGGAAAUUUGUCUUCCUUGCACACCAGUUGGCUGCUAGACUGUCUAAGACACCACCUCCCAACGCCGCCAAGAACCAAGCCGAUCUACAGGCACUUCUAUUACGAAUGUGCCGUGAACACCCUUUCCACAGCCUGUAUCAAGUCUUUUGUCUGACGGCUGAGAAUGCCCUCUCCCAAUCAGCAGCUUCUUCUAGGAGACAAUCAGGGAGAUUGGAAUCUCUUUCUACCCAUGCAGAACGAGCGGCUGCCGCAUGCGAUCUAUUCGACCGUCUCAGGCAGGAUGACCGUCGACGAGAUACAGUACGCGAUGUCGAGCUUGUCUGUCGGGCUUGUCUCCAAUGGGCGAAAUACCCCAUCAAAGACAAGUCCCGCCAUGCACCGAAGGGUCCACUCCAGGUGCCAGACGAAUUACUUAUCCGGAAAAUACAAAAGAUCCGUGUCCCAGUUAUCACCGCACAUACGCCCGUCGACCCCAGUACACAAUACAAGCAUUGCGUGUGGAUCAGCCGUUACGACUCGACGUACUCUACUGCGGGAGGGGUCAACCUCCCGAAGAUUACUGUGUGUGCAGGAAGUGAUGGACGGAAGUACAGACAAUUGUUCAAAGGUGAAGGCGGGGACGAUCUUAGACAGGAUGCAGUGAUGGAACAGGUCUUUGACCUCGUGAAUAUCCUUCUCCGCGAUGAUCGUGAGACACGCAAGCGAACACUAGGGGUCAGGGACUACAAGGUAAUCCCCCUUGCCUCACAAGCUGGAGUGCUCGAGUUUGUGGACAAUACUACACCUCUUGGUACCUGGCUCGCCCCAGCUCAUUCACGCUAUCGACCCGGUGACAUGUCCGCUUCCGAUGUAAACAGGCAUCUAGCAAAAAAGCACAAGGAGUGCAAUCAUGAGCGGGAGCCUCUCUUAGUGCUCUUCCUGCAGCUUCAGAAGAGGUUCAAACCUGUCAUGAGGCACUACUUCACCGAGAAGCACAAGAACCCCACGUCAUGGUUUGCAAUGCGCUUGAAAUAUGCUCGCAGCGUCGCGACAACAUCUAUCGUUGGGGACGUCCUAGGCCUCGGAGACAGGCACACGUCCAAUAUUUUGAUGGAUAAUGUCACCGGGGAGGUUAUACACAUUGAUUUGGGCAUAGCAUUCGAUCAGGGAAAACUCUUACCUGUGCCCGAAAGGGUGCCUUUCCGGUUGACUGCUGACAUGGUGGAUGGCCUGGGUAUCUCAGGAACACAAGGCGUCUUCCAGCGAUGUGCUGAAGAGACCUUGCGUGUCCUGCGAGAUCGCUCCGACGUGAUUCUGACUGUCCUGGAGGUGUUCAAGUAUGACCCGUUACAUUCAUGGGCAGCCAGCGAGCUUAAGAUGAAGCGGGCGCAAGGAUCAAGCAACGAGGUCAACGAGUUGACAGGAGAAGCAUUCCGCUAUGCCAUCGGCAUCGACAUGGCAAGCGGGACCGCCGACGAAGCAGCAGAUCGUGCCCUAUCGGCAGUCAAGAGGAAACUAGCGAAAACCCUCAGCGUCGAAUACACAGUCAACGAGCUCAUAUCUGAAGCUACAGACCCAGGUAACCUCGCGCAAAUGUAUCAGGGUAAGCUCAUAGACUACCUCCAUACUGUCCGGUGCUGA